UGGCGGCAACGUCCAUCUUCGCUGCGCGCGCAAACUUGCCGCUGGCUGCGCCGUGAGCUGAACCUCGGUUGUGCCAGUCUGAGAAGUCCUCGCGACAGAAGAUGAUCCAGCGGGAGGAAGUCGACGUGGUUUCCGGCGCGGCCAAUUUGGGAUUCGCGUCUCCCGAGAAGCAGCAGGCCCGCGCGUUUUUGCGCGAACGAUUCCUACGUGUCGUCACUGGCAUUGUCGGCAAGCAGGCGGAAUUUCAUUUGCACGAGAACACACGCGUGUCGGGUGAGUUCAGAGGUUGCGAUGUGGGAUUUUCCGAGAUCUUCGUGAGAAAUCUGGAAACGCCGAUUGGAAAGGUACCGGAGGCCAUCCUGCGAGGCAGCGACGUCAUCCACUUAAACAUCGGCGAUAUAAGUGUCGAUCAGUAAGAAGGUGGAGCAAGAACAACGAGCGAAAAUAAAUAG